CCCGAAUGCUCAUCAAUCCACUCCACAACAUCAUCUUCUACCAAUUUCCGCUCAACGAUCGACUCUUUUGUGAAUCGCGCUUCAUCGGCAAUUCGCGAACAAAAAGGUCGUUUGAAACGCGGAACUUCUCGUUUUCUAGAAUCUAUUAAAAAAUCGACGACCUCAUUUGCUGCGAGCAGCGAUUCAUCAUCAACCACGUCGUCAUAUUCUUCAUCUUCUUAG